GAAAUAUUUUAUGGAGACACAGGAAGUAAAGCUGUCAAAUUGCAAAACUUUUAGAGCAAGCUUGGCCCGUGUAGUGAAUUAAAUCAAAUUAAAUUAGGAUUAUUAAAUUUAGGGUAUCAUAUCAUUGUAAGCUUAAUUUUGUUUUCCCGUUUAUAUAUAUUUAAAAAAAAUUUGCAUCAGCAGAUUUUUUGGUCGAUCUCCGAUCAAAGUCUAUUCUCGCACUAGGCUGACUGAUCGAGAUCACUCCGCUGUCACAGUCACAGAUCCCGUGGAUAUGGCAGAUCCCGAGCCGACUCCUGGGGACGAUCUCCCCAAAACUCUGAACUUUAACGUGGGCGUGCUGGGACAUGUGGACAGCGGUAAGACGUCUUUGGCUCGAGCUCUGAGCAGCACCGCGUCCACGGCAGCCUUCGACAAGAACCCGCAGUCCAAAGAGCGCGGCAUUACACUGGACCUGGGUUUCAGCGCCUUCACUGUUCCCAUGCCUGAGCACAUGAAGCAGAGCUGUGGGGAGUACGACAGCCUGCAGUUCACACUGGUGGACUGUCCAGGACAUGCCUCCCUCAUUCGCACCAUCAUUGGGGGGGCUCAAAUUAUUGACCUGAUGAUGUUAGUGGUUGACAUUGUGAAAGGAAUGCAGACGCAAACAGCAGAGUGUCUCCUGAUCGGUCAGCUCACCUGUUCACACAUGAUCGUCAUCCUCAAUAAAACAGAUUUGUUGCCCAGUGACAAGAGACAGGGUGCCAUUGAGAAGAUGACCAAGAGGAUGCACAAAACUUUGGAAAACACUAGAUUUAAAGGAUGUCCUGUCAUUGCCGUGGCAGCAAAGCCAGGGGGACCCGAGGCUCCAGAUACAGCUGAAGCACAGGGAAUCACUGAGCUCAUAGAGCUGCUAAAAUCCCAGGCGUUCCUACCGCGGAGAGACCCAUCUGGUUCUCUGCUAAUGGCAGUGGAUCAUUGUUUCUCCAUUCGUGGUCAAGGAACAGUUAUUACAGGGACCAUCCUGCAGGGGGCACUGCGUGUCAAUGAUAAUCUAGAGAUACCUGCACUCAAGGUAACUCGUAAGGUGAAGUCGAUCCAGAUGUUCCGUAAGCCAGUUCCUAGUGCGAUGCAAGGAGAUCGGGUCGGCGUGUGUGUCACGCAGUUCGACCCAAAGCUGCUGGAGAGAGGUGUGGUGUGUACACCUGGUUCAUUGCAUACCAUUCAUGCUGCCAUCAUUUCUGUACGAAAGAUCGAGUACUACCGUGGUGCACUUAGCUGUCGUGCAAAAUUCCACAUCACAGUUGGACAUGAAACAGUCAUGGCACGUGUGUCAUUCUUCAGCCGGGCUUCUCUGAUUCCUGACUCAGGAGCAGUGUCUCCUACAGAACAGAGUGCAGAGGCUUUCUCGUUUGACUGGGAGUUUUGCCACCAGGAGGAGUAUUUGACUGGCCAGGGAGAAGCUGAGGGACGGGAUCCAGCACAGUGGGCAUUAUUAGAGUUUGAACGGCCUGUCACGUGUCCACCACUCUGUUUGGUGAUUGGCUCCCGACUGGACUCUGAUAUCCACAGUAACACAUGCAGACUUGCUUUCCAUGGAAAGCUGUUGGACGGCUUUGAGGACAAAAGCUAUGUGGACAGCAUGUUGCCGAGGCUGAAAAUAAGUAAAAACAAGCACAAAGAAGGAGCAGUGGAACGGGUGACAGACGACUACACUGUGAUUGGUAAAAACCUGUUCAAGAAAGAGACCAACCUUCAGCUGUUUGUGGGUUUAAAGGUCACACUUUCUUCAGGAGAGACAGGGGUCAUUGAUGGCAGUUUUGGACAGAGUGGCAAAAUCAAAAUUAGAAUUCCAGAGGGACUGAAAGAAGAAACAAAGCAACUCCUCUCUUCUUCCUCCAAGAAAAAAGGAAAGGGCGGGGCUAAAAACGAACCGCCUAAAGGGGAAGACGCCAAAGUGGACUCCCAGCCUAUAACCAUUCAUUUGAAUUUUAAAAGAUAUAUUUAUGACCCACAUAAAAAGAUGGUACAGUCUUAAAUUUUACAGUGCUAAUUGUUAUGGUAGAAACUCGGGCUCAGGGUAAUUACCUGAGCAGUGUGUGUACGUAAGCCUCUGGUUGGCUUUCUGACACUUUGGAAUCUUGCUGUAGUUUCCCUGCAAUAAAAUGGAGAACACUGGAGAAAAUAUUCACUUAUAGGAAUUGUUCUUUUCCAUGUUAUUUGCAUCCUUUGGAAUAUUUGUUAUUCAAAUACACAAUCCAUAAAUUUAUAGUUAAUUACUGAAUAUAUUACCUGUUUCAUACAACUAAGGGUGUUGCUCUACUUGCUCAGUGGCAUUUUAGGUUAACUACAACAACCUUAUUGCGCAUAUGUUUCUUCAAAACCCCUAAAACCUACUUUCAGAAAUGCUGCAGCUAUAACCCUUCACACGUGAGAUGUGUGUGUAUGCGUCUCAGGCCUUUCCUGUGCUCUGUACCGACAUUAAUGAAGUGAAGCAGAGUUGAAUUUCUUUUAUUAAUUACAACAGGAAGAGAGCAGGAAUACACUGAAAAACACUGCAGGGUGUGUGUGUGUGUGUGUGUGUGUGUGAGAGAGAGAGAGAGAGAGAACCUGUAUGAGAUACGACAGCUUGAGUCUGUUAACCUUUCUAAUCAGGGUCCUUCAUCAGAAAAGUCCUACAUAGUGCCUGUUUAAUAUUCCUAAACAAGUGGAAAGAAAGGAAAGUGGAGGAAAAGAAAGAAAAUGGGCAGUGCAGAAAUAAAAACAGAAAAUGACCCAUGAGAUUAAAACUGCUGAUUGGACACUUCCUUCACCCUGAACUUUGAUUCACCUUCAAAUGAGACUUCAGUGGAAUAGGGUAACACACUGUGUGUUAGUUAUCACUAACAUUAGCACAGUCUAUACUUCUUAAGGAGGGAAAUUAUUACUGUGUGUGUGUAUAAAAGAGAGAGAGAGAGAGAGAGAGAGAGCAAGAUUUUGCUUGAGAUUUUUUUAAGACCAGGUCUUACUUGAACUGCACUCAUUUCACUCCCUCUCUCCCUCUUUCUCUCUAGAUUGCACUCUAGUGUUUAACUUCUCUGAUAUCUAUUUAAAGUACCUAAUAUCUAGCUGGUGAUGAGAGACAAAACCUUUCAGAAACUGAAAGUAUUCAUCAUCUUCAUUCAAAUCCCCCUCCAACCACAGACAGACUAAAUUCAAAGAUUUAAGUUUCAGGAACUGUAUGUUGGUAGGAGAGCGCUGUCAGAUUAUUGUGAAGGAAGCUCCCUUUUGUCACACACAUACCCACACACACACCUUAUACACACCUGUGAGGGGUUAUAAAGAAGAUAUAAUCUGACUUCAAAGGGAAGCAUCUGAGGAGAUUAUCCUAAUAUAUGAAGGCUCAAAUACUGAGAGUCCUCUGUCAAGGUUUGCAGUAUCUGCUUAUCUUGGGUCUUGAUUUUGUGUUUGUGUAUUCGUGUGCUGAUUUUGUCUCUUUUGCGGUCUAUUGUUUCAGAUACUUUGUGUUUAUUAAAAUUGUAAGUUCAUUUAUGUUUAAAAUAAAAUGGAAAAUAGAAAGUGAACACCCAGACACACAUACACACACACACACACACACAAUCUAAUGCAGAACUGUAAGUCUUAUAUGGUGUGUAGCUUGUGUGUGUUUUGUGUUUUUAGAUUGACAGCUUGUCACUUUUUAUCAGUCAGUCACAUGCUGAAUUACACAACCAAGUCAAUUGAUCAAUCUAU